AUGCCAACUCGAUCAACGGGAGUCAUAACUCAAGACUGGGAAGCUGUCGUUCUGCACAAGGCCAGGCCCAAGGCGCAAGACCUACGCAACCCUAAGGCCGUGAACCAGGCACUCCGCUCCGGCGCCGAGGUGCUCACGGUCAAGAAGUUCGACGCCGGUUCCAAUCGGAAGGUCGGUGGUCCGGUUGUGAACGCGAGGAAACUGGAGGAGGGGACGGAGCCGGCGGCGCUGGAGCGCGUGGCGGGGGAGGUGCGUCACGCAAUCCAGAAGGCGCGCGUGGAGAAGAAGAUGAGCCAGGCGGAGCUGGCGAAGCAGAUCAACGAGCGGACGCAGGUGGUGCAGGAGUACGAGAAUGGCAAAGCAGUGCCUAACCAGGCCGUGCUGGCCAAGAUGGAGAGGGUUCUCGGUGUCAAGCUCAGGGGCAAAAUCGGAAAGUGA